CUUAUAGCCUUCCAAGAUCGUACUUUUCAUUCACCUCUUUCUUUGAUUCCUUAAAAAAGCACCAAAAUUCUCUACUGAAAACCAUCUUAAGUAGAAAAUCGUUAUUUCUAUUCUGGGUCUAAAGAAUUUUCAGCUGAAACAUAAAAAAUCAGAUAUUUUUAGAGGUCACUUGUACAAUUAUCAAUUCUUAAUUAAUGGCUCAAGCAGUGGAGGAUUGGUAUAAGCAGAUGCCAAUAAUUACUCGCUCUUAUGUCACAGCUGCAGUUGUUACCACCAUUGGUUGCUCUCUUGAUAUAAUAUCUCCUUCUAAUCUGUACUUAAACCCUAAACUUGUGAUGAAGAAUUAUGAGUUCUGGCGCCUUGUCACUAAUUUCCUUUACUUCCGUAAGAUGGACUUGGACUUUAUGUUCCACAUGUUCUUUCUUGCUCGAUAUUGCAAACUUCUCGAAGAGAACUCUUUCAGGGGAAGGACUGCAGAUUUCUUUUACAUGCUCUUGUUUGGUGCUAGUGUUUUGACUAGCAUUGUCAUAAUUGGAGGAAACAUACCCUAUCUGUCAGAAUCGUUUUCAAAAAUCAUAUUCCUGAGCAAUUCAUUGACCUUCAUGAUGGUUUAUGUCUGGAGCAAGCAAAACCCCUUUAUCCACAUGAGUUUCUUGGGCCUCUUCACUUUCACUGCAGCUUACCUACCAUGGGUUCUCUUGGGAUUCUCUGUUCUUGUUGGUGCCAGUGCUUGGGUGGAUCUGCUGGGGAUGAUAGCGGGUCAUGCUUACUAUUUUCUUGAAGAUGUAUAUCCGCGAAUGACAGGUCGUCGGCCCCUACGAACCCCAGGAUUUAUUAAAUCUCUAUUUGCAGAUGACGCUGUUGUGGUGGCUCGGCCAGCAAAUGUGCGAUUUGCUCCACCUGCAGAGGAGCUUCACCAAGAUUGAUGAGAUACCCAGAAAACAUAGGCUGAUGAAUAGUAACGUUUGGUUACAGUGGCCUGCCCGUAAAAGUAGUGGGAAAUAUGGGUGGACUUGGUUCUUUACCUGACAUGUCUUCAGAGAUUAACUUUGUAAAUGAUACUGCUGCUGCUGGAUUUUGGAGACAAGUUUUUCGCAUUUAUGUUAAGAAUAGAUGCUUCCGGUUGAUAUAGGAUUUUUCUCCUUCGUGCAUUUCUCAUGCUCAAUCAAAUAUACAGCGAGUUUGAUUUUCUGGAA